GACUCCGUGGGUAAGGUGGUCAAAGUUCCAGGUCCAAAGUCAACAAACAGCCACAGUCUUAAGAUGAGGGAUCCUAUCAGCAGCUGCUCGUAUAACCAGCUGUAUCAAAACGUGAAAAGAUUUUCAAAAAAUGGGGAGUACUUCUGCAAAGAACUUAUGACAGUUUUUCAGCAAAGGGCUGAGCUUGACCUUACUUAUGCUAAAGGACUACAAAAACUUGCUGGCAGACUCAUGAGGGCCUCAAAGGGAAUGCCAAACAAUUCCACCUACGGCGCCUGGUGUCAUGUGUCAGAUGAGAUGUACUCAAGAGCAGACGCCCACAGAUCAUUAGGAAAUGCAUUUCAGCAAGAGGCAAUUCUGGAAAUACGUCAAGUCUUAGAUGAACACGGUAAAAGGAAGAAGCCUCUUGACAGUGCCAUUGAAAGGACUGGAAAACUUGUUACUGCAAACUGGAGUGAGCAGCUCAAGAUAAAGAAGAAACUGGUUGGACUAACGAGAGAACAUGAAGCUCUGUUCAACUUUGUGGAGAACAACAAACACAUUAGCACAGAAAAGGAAAAGCAAAAGAUGCUUAACAGACUGACUAAAUCGGCGGAGAUGCAGGCCCGGGUGGAUGAAGAGUACUUUAAUAUUAACAUGGAGGGACAUCAGAUGAGACUCAAGUGGGAAAACACCCUGAAAAACUGCUACCAGAUCAUACAAGAGCUGGAGAAAGAGAGAAUUGAAGUUCUGUGCAACAUCUUAAAUAGAUACAGCCUCCACAUGUCUGGUUUUGGCCAGACCCUCAAACACGGCCAAAAACAAAUAGAACUGUUAGUCCAAAGGGUGGACAUGGACAAAGACAUUCGGACCCUGGUGGAGGAGAACAGAUUCUCAGCUGCAGAUAACAAAUUUGAGUUUUUGAUGGCUGAUUAUUUUGAGGAGGACAGCAAAUCACUGAUGGGCAAAGAGCGACGAAGAGAGGCCAUCAAACUCAAACUCCAGCGUCUGGAGGACACCAUUGCAAAAACAAAGAAAGACCGUGAGGGAAUUGAAAAACUGAUGAGAAUGUACUCUGAAAAUCCUUCAUUCUCAAACCAAAAGAACCUUGAGGAAACUGAACAGCAGCUCGAUGAGUGUUCACUGAAACUGGAUCUCCUGGAGGCAACAUUUCACAAACUCUCGUCAUCACUGUCUGAAUUAGAAGGAAAACCUAAGUCUUUUCACCGAUUUAGAGACAGCAUUGUGAAAUGGAAAGAUAAGGACUGCGAGCACAGUGUAGUUCAACUGACUCGUCAAGUCAAACUCAGGAGGACAACAUUCAGGUCCCGACAGUCACUGAGAGCUUCCAUCAUUUACAAAGGACCUGCUCAGUUUGUGACCCAACCGUCUGUGGAGCCUCCACAAAGUGCCAGUGACCAGGUCACAUCUACGGAUUCAACACAUGAAACAGAAGCUUCAGAGCAGAGAGUCCCGUCUCACACUGGCAAUGAUAAUCAAGAAGGUCAAACAACAGAAGUGUUUUGCAGUAUAGGAAAAUGCAAGGCCCUGUACAAUUUCAAACCUGAACAAGAUGAUGAGUUGACUUUAAAAGAAGGAGAUAUUUUGGACAUUUACAAAAAAGAGGAGAAGGGGUGGUGGUUUGGUAAACUAAAUGGACGGACCGGACAUUUCCCAUCAGCCUAUGUUGAGGAACUGUCUGGGCUAAGCAGUGCCACAUCAUCGGAUACCUGA